AUGAAGAUUAAAAAUAUGAUCAUCGCUGGGGCAUUUUACCCCAAUUUUUUUAUAAGAGAACAAAAUCCAAACGAAGUCGACGACAAGCAACAUGUUAGAGCUGUUGGAGGCCGAGAUCCAUUUCGUUCAGUUUAUCUUACGGGAAUGGAUUCUGAACAGCCCGGUCCUCUUUACAUUAGAGCUAUUAAGAGUCUCUUCAAAAAUGAAAAUGAUAGAAAUACUAAUAUAUCAAUAGGUUUUGACUCUAGCAAUAAAAUCUACGUUGAAUUCAAAGUUUUAAGCCAUAUCCAAAAUAGAAUGGCUAUUUCAAUCAAUGGUAGACAGAUGGUGGCUGAUACCAUUCUUGGAAAAAUUCCACGGGAAGUUUAUGAAGCUAUUAGAAAGAGGCAACUUCAGCACCCAUUUCAGCUACACUUAUUACCCAUAAAAGAAGCUUGGAAAUAUGCCGAAGAAAGGGGACAUGAACGAAAAAGUACACUUCAGAAACUUCAAGAAGAUACACCCAUGCCCUCAACUUCUGCAGAUAGAAACUGUUUUAGUUUAGAAUCACAUUCUCCAAUACCUGGGCUUGACGUCGAAUGGAUUACUCUGAAAAUUACAGAGGUACAUUCCGUUGUCGAUAAGGUAGUAUAUUUAGAGAUCUACAAACGUGAUCCACACAUGAAUAACUCUAAAUCACUAAACCGGGUUAUGCUUGAAGACGGAUGGGCUGAACCCGCAGUAGAGAGUUUUCUGUCAAAGGUUGACUCCGAAAAUCGACAAAAAGUACAUUCAUCUGACAAUCCAAGGGCAGAAGCUGUAAGAUUGAGUUUUGAUAAAGUUCAAAAUUAUGACGAUUUUGAUGCGCCAAAUAUUUCUACAAGAGGGAAAACAAUACAUCUGAAAGGUCCCUUCAGUCCAUUAGAAAUGAAAGUGUACAGUUGUCUCGAAAGUUCAAACAGUAAAAGUAUUGAUGUUGAAGGGUCUUCAAUUAAUACUGUAUUGUUAGACACUGCACCUCAGGAUCAACACACCAGGUUACUGGUGGCAGCUUACGUAUCGCAAUCGGCAAGCAGUGAUCGUUUGAAAUUACGGCAGACUACUCUAAUGCCAAACAUACCGGGACUACCGAUGUUGUUAACACUUCUAUUUUGUCCCAAAAUGAGUCCCAAAGUAACUGACGAUGGUACAAAAGUCGCAUCUAUUCUCUGUGGUCUUGGAUAUGAUCCAAUCACUUUAAAAUCAUAUUAUCCAUCACAUGAUUUUAUUUUGACUCUUGACACAGAAUUAACGGAGGAAGAAGUUAAUAGAGUAAAUAGUGUACGUUUUGCAAUGAACCAAGGAUUGAAAGUUAUGGCUGACGUCGCGUUUGAAAACGCUAACCCGCGAGACAUGCUUCUGAAACAAAAAGAGUUAAAGAAAAGUCUUAUGGAGUUACUGCAUGCUGAUCGCAGAUCUGUUGAAAGAUCAACUGUGCAGUACGCCAAUAUAUGGCACAAAAAUAAUUUUGAAUCAACGAUUUUAACAUCCGGUAUGGAUGAAAAUCAAAUAUGGCCACUAUUAGAUUUUGUUAAAUUAUGUAAUCGACAAGGAUAUCAUCCCGAAGUAUCUAAAAACUUAAACGAUUUAGAUCUCAUGGCGAGAAAGAUGAUCCCUGCUGUGCCCAUUCAAUGUUAUCUGUGUGGAGUAGAAUUACUUUUUGUGCAUGAUGUCCGUUUCCACCUUAUUUCAAAAGAACAUAAAGAAAAAGUGGCAGUAUACAAUCCCCAAUACGAUUGA